AGAUGACUUAUAUUGGUUAUGCUGGCUGUAAUUCACAAGAAGUAAUCUUUUUAUUUUUCAUUAUUUUGUUUUUCACUGAUUAUCGGUGCUGUAUAUUCACAUGGUUCUAGCUGUUUUUAUCUUUUUUUCAGUUAAAUUCAUUCUGUUAAGAUUGUGUUUCUUUUCAAACAAGAUAAAAUGAAAGAUGAUCAAGGCAGUGAAAAUAAUGAAAUCAAAAAUGUGACUACUACAUUAUCAUCAAAACCUGUCUCAUCAGUGUCUUGCAACUGUACAUUAAAUUUCCAAAAUGAAGAUAAUUUAGACAAGAGUAAAAUUGAAAAAACACGUAAACCUUCCAUGAGUUUACCUUUUCCUUUCAGCUCAGAUGAUGAAUAUGAAACUCCGGAAAAAAGCAACAAAGAACAAUAUAAUGAAUUUGGUUCAAUUCAGGAAAAGCCUAAAUCAAGUAGGGUUCGCCGUCAAUCUUCGACUUCUGGAAUCGGAAGUCCAUCCAAAAAAAGAAAAGAUGGAAUGAAAGAUGAUCAAGGCAGGGAAAAUAAUGAAAUCAAAAAUGUGACUCCUACAAUUUCAUCAAUACCUGUCUCUUCAAUGACUUUGAACUUUACUAUAAAUUUCCAAAGUGAAGAUAAUUUGGACGAGAGUAAAAUUGAAAAAACAUGUAAACCUUCCAAGAGGUUCUUUCUUCCUUUGGGCUCAAAGGAUGAAUAUGAAACUCUGGAAAAGAGUAACAAGGAAAGAUAUAAUGAAUGUGGUUCAUUCCAGGUAAAGUCUAACUCGAGUAGGGAACCUUCAACUUCUGGAAUUGGAAGUUCAUCGAAAAAAAAAAAAGUUGAAUCAGAGGAUCGUCAACUCCAUCAAUCACCAAGCUACACAGAAAUAAAAAUUAAACCGAAAAAAAAGUUUGAUAUGAGUGGUACAGAACAUUUAAAAAGUUUGUAUGAAAAACUUUUGGAGGAUGAACAUAAAAAAAAAUUAUUGACUCACGAUGAUAUUGCUCCUAUUGAAGCAUUCCUUAAAAAGGAUAAAAUCAAGCAGUACCUGAUUAUGAAAUUGUAUGUUUCCUAUCCAAAUUGGUUAAAUAUAUUCAAUCUUUUAGAGGGAACACUUUUGUCCGCAAAAGAAAUAAUGGAGAUAUACAAAAACUUAGAAAAAGACGAGUUUUUUGAUACUGAUCUCAAAAAUCUUGAAACCAAAGAGUUACUUGACAUCCUUUCAGUUCAAAAUUUAAAUAACAUCUUGCAGACCUUGAAAAUUGGUCCCAAGAUGAGUGGAAGGUCUCUUAAAAACAGAAUCAUAGAACGUCUUCUUCAACAUUGUAAAACAUCGACAUUGAUGCAUAUAAACAAAACACCUGAAGAUAUGUUGAAAAAUGAGGCAAUCAAAUAUUCAGGUUGCUGUAUUAAGUUGAAAACAUCUAUUAAAACAUGUUUUGAUAAAUCGUAUGUGUUACAAACAUAUAGUAAUACGUUAUACUCCAAAAAUAUUCAAACUUACUUGGAUGAUAAACGUGAUAAAGUUCUUUAUCCAAAGUAUAUUGUCGUAGAAAAAUUGUCUCCGUUCAAAACCAAGGAACAAUUCUCAAGUUACUACGACGCCUUCUUGAAAAUGAAAGAACUGGAUGCCAAACUGGAAAAUGUCAAAUUGAAUAUCUUACAUAUUCAUUUGCUUUGUCUAGAAGUUUUCAAAAAGCUCAAAACCGUUAGCGAAGAUGAGAGGCGGGAUGAGAAUCUACCACUUCAUUUACAAAAGUUCUCUGCGGAAUAUCUAUACCUAGAGAUUUUGACAAAGGGUAUACCAAAAUUAACUGAAAAUCCUCAACUAGUCGAGUUAUGGUUGGACUAUUUGUUGAAUCAUUAUUCUUGGACCAGGCAUUUAAUUGGAACUUGGUACAAGGAUUUGGCAUAUAUAAGGAUGAGUCGUUUGAAAAAUCAUUCAUUGGCUGCAGAAACUAUAUUGAAAGGAUUUGAAGAGGCCAAAGAUAACAUUGACUUCAAUAUCUUACAACUAUAUGAAUUAAGCCUGUUGUCUUGUGAAGUGAGAAAAUAUAAUUUACCUUGUAAAUAUAAGGAAGAUUUGCAAUAUUUUGAAUUAAAUAUCGACACUGAAAAUCUCGACAUCCCUAAUGUCCCCAUCAAUUUAUGUUUAUGCAACAGAAGUUUCAGUAUGGAGGAAAGUGCUUUAAAACAUUAUGAAGAACAACACUAUGAAGGCAUCUUUUAUGGGGGAAGAUUCAUCAGUAUUCUCUUCAAUCUUCUUUUUUGGGAUAUAAUAUAUACCCAUGUGGACGGGGCCUUCAUAUCCGAUUUACAAAAUGCACCGUUAGAUUUUUAUGGAUCUAAUUUUUAUGCAAACAGGAAGGAUAAAAUCGAGGAGCAUUUAAGAAAAAUUGGAAGUGAAUGGAAAUUCGAUAAGUUGGAGACAGUGUUGAAGGAAAAAUGGAAUAACCUCUGUCAAGAAAAAUCAAUUGCAAAAUGGGAAGGUUUCGACAUAAAAAAAAUUAUUAAAAUGGUGCAGUACAUAAACCGAAGAUAUCUCUCGGAUAUUUUAGAUAAAUUUAUCACCGAUUAUGAAAUUUUUCGUAAUGGUUUUCCUGAUUUGUUUUUGUGGAAAGAUAAUGAAGGCGAAAAAGAGUGCAAGUUUGUCACAGUACAAUGUGACAAAAAGCUCACCCCAAAUCAAAUUCUGUGGAUAGAUCAUCUUCAUAAAGCAGGAGUACCAGUGGAAGUGUGCAAGGAUUCUGGGAAUUGUGAAGAGAAUCAUUCACCAAAGUGUAAGAAGCAAGAUAAGAAAUGAAGCAGAUAAAGAUCCGAGAGAGCUGGGAUGUUUUGCAAUAUAUUUUAUUUUUCAUAUUUUAUCACAAUAACGUAAUAAAAAAUUAUUUUUCUAGAAUUUUCAAUAUUCAAAGAGAAGCCUAGCAGAGUCGGGAUAGAAAAUAUUGAACAUUGUUUGUUUGAAGUUGACCUUCUGAAGUUUCUUAUCGAGUUGUGGGGUAAAAAAGGGCCAUAUUAACUAUUUGUACUAGUGCUCUGCUAUUCAGUAAAUGUUCGUUUUUAUGCAUGUUUAUAAGUUUUUCUACUAACUGUUUUCCAUAACCACUUGUAGCUGCAAUUGGGAAAAUUCUGUUUGUUCAAUCCUCAGAGUAAUAAUCAUAAAUAGAGGGAGCAUCCGUCAUUUUCAGUAAACGAAUUUUAUCCCCAACAUGAACUAUCAAAAUGAAAACACAUAUUAGUCAUAUGAUAUUUCAGUCAAUUCGCGGGUUUCUCCACAAAGAACACAUUUCUUAUGUCCCAUUGUGAAUCGAAGUUUGAUAUUUCAACUCAAAAUAUAUUGAAGUAAAUACCUAAAAAUAUCAGGAUACUUUCAAACCACGUGAAAUAACCGAUGGCAGAAGGAUUGGAAUAAUAAUGCUUAGGUGCCAAAGUUUGAAUUUCACCAUGUAACUUCUUAGUUACUAUAAAUUAGACAAUACGGGAAAAUUCCAAAUAUACAAAUUUUCAUAUUGAAUCGGGAAUGGCUCCAAUAAAUAAUAUUACUAUAUUCAAUGAAAUAUAUUUAUGAAUACAUUCAUUAUGAAAAUGUGAAUUUGAAAAUAUAUCACAAUCUGACAACGUAUUGUCUAACCAUGUUGGGGACACGUAAAAAUUGCGUAAGUAUAGUCCCUUUAUUUAUGUUACUUACUCUAUGGUUCAACUCUAACCAUCUUGCACGUUUUUUAAAUGUAGUUAGUAGUCUAUAGUUUCUGAUAAAAACUCUAAUUGAAUGUUCUUAUUUUAAUAUCAUGCAAUGUUUUAUGUAGAAUUAUUUCUUUAUGAUUUCUAAUAUUUCAUUGAAUAAAAAUAUUUAUGGGUUGGGUGGUAA